UCUCAGGUCUGGAGGCUUGAGGUCCAGGAUCAAGGUGCCAGUCGGAGCUGGUUCCUGCUGAGACCUGUGACAGGGAAUCUGUGCCAUUCUCUCUCUCUCGCCUUCCGGUGGUUUGCCAGCAACUCCCGACUGGCAGAGGUCGUUUUCUAACUCCUUUCCUUCACAAAUAGUGACAAACUUGUCUGGUUACUUUGAAGUCGCCACACUACCCGGCAGGGAAAGCUCACGCUCACCAACAGGUCUGUUAAGCUCACAGAACGGCUUCACGCAAGCGCUUCCCCGCGCCUCAGGCCGCGAGCGCGCGGAGACGCCUGACGUCAACGCGCCGCGAGCGCAAAGCUUCAGCGCGUCGAUUGGCUAGAGCGGCCGAGGGCAAGACGUAAGCGGACGCUCACUCGGCCCCUAGUCAGCAAGUGCCCUCUAUAAAGCCGUUCCGCACUCGAGAAGCGUUAUCUCAGCUGUGUGCCGAAGGCACCAAGAGCACCUGCGCUGUAGCUUGGAAGAAGGUUCCACAGCCCAGAGCCGUGGGAGGAGACACCUGGAGAUCAGGAGUGGCACCACCGCGCGACCGUGACGUGGAUCGCGGGCUGGCGCACCAUUGGCCGGCGGGAAUGUGGCGCGCCCUGGCGCCGGCGCGGGCAAUUGGCCGCGCUGCCUCGGGGGGCGGGGCUCGGGCCGGAGGCGGGGCCCGUGCCUUGGGGCGGGGUCUGAGGGAGACUCGCCUGGCGGCGCAGCCUUCAGUGGACGGCUCGUGUCCGAGGUUCCCGGGGCGGCGCGGAGGCUGGGCGGCGAUGCCGGAGGUGAGCACGGACGAGCUGGACGAGCAGCAGGUGCAGCUCCUGGCGGAGAUGUGCAUCCUCAUCGACGAGAACGACCGGAGGAUCGGGGCGGAGACCAAGAAGAACUGCCACCUGAACGAGAACAUCGAGAGAGGGCUGUUGCACCGAGCUUUCAGUGUGUUCCUGUUCAACACCGAGAACAAGCUGCUGCUGCAGCAGAGGUCAGACGCUAAGAUUACCUUCCCAGGGUGUUUUACUAAUACUUGCUGUAGUCACCCGUUAAGCAACCCGAGUGAGCUGGAAGAAAAUGAUGCUAUUGGAGUAAGAAGAGCAGCGCAGAGGCGGUUAAAGGCCGAACUCGGAAUUCCCAUGGAAGAGGUUCCUCCAGAGGAAAUUAAUUAUUUAACACGAAUUCACUACAAGGCUCAAUCUGAUAGUAUCUGGGGAGAACAUGAAAUUGACUACAUUUUGUUGGUGAAGAAGAACGUGACCUUGAAUCCAGACCCCAAUGAGAUUAAAAGCUAUUGCUAUGUAACAAAGGAAGAAUUAGAAGAACUUCUAGAGAAGGCAGCCCGUGGUGAAAUUAAGAUAACCCCAUGGUUUCAAAUUAUUGCAGAUACUUUUCUCUUUAAGUGGUGGGAUAACUUAAAUCGUUUGAAUCUGUUUGUUGACCAUGAGAAAAUACACCGAAUGUAAAAGUGGAGAUGAAUGGUUACUAAAGUACUGAAGAAUUUCUCUAGCUAGUAAACUUAAAAUGAACUUGAAAAAAAUCUGGUUCCCCACUGGAACUCUCCUUGGAAAUACUGAUACUUUACAACCAGAAUUUGUAUAGAAAAGAAUUCUUGAUUUUAUGUCAUACACCCCAUAUACAUGUGCUGCAAUUUAUAAAAAAAAAUUUGAGAGAUUAUUAUACAAAGAGAACAAAAUAAACUUAACCUGUCUAAACAAAUGGUUAUGACACAUUUAAACAAACAAGUGGAGUUCAUUUUUUAUAUAUUGUGAUAAACAUUUUCAGAAGACUUGUAUAGCACUUUACUAUCUGCCGGGUGCUUGACAUAUCUUUAAACUUUUUUUUUUUUUUUUCAUAUCUUUAAACUUUUAUCAUGGUCCAGAAAAAUGUGGAAUGGAAGCAUUUGCUUAUCUACUUCAAAACAUUGCAGUUUAACUUUCCAUGUUGAGAUAAAAUAUAGUAGAGCAGUUCAAGGAAAUUAAAUGGCAUGAUUUUUGUCACUGAAAGUUAAUUUUGUUGUUUAAUCAUUCUGAAAGUAUUUUUGAUACUUAAAAGUCUAACAUUGAUUUUGGUAGGGACAUUGGCUGGGUGAAGUCAUUUAAAUAGUCCAUGCCAAUUAGUAAAGUCUUGUUUUAAGAAUUACUAGGAACACAGACUAUUUGUAAAAUGGAACUUGGGUCAGUUGAGUCAUACUCAACAAUAGGAUCCUUUAACUGUGGCACUGCAGUUUAGGCUGGAUAAUUCUUUUUGAAGGUUCAUCCUUUGCCUUGUAUAGCAGCAUCCUUAGGUUCUACCCAAAAAAUGCCUUUGGCACCCCUCCCGCCAUGGCAGCCCCAGUGACACCAUAUGUGAAAUGUCUUCUGGAGGACUUGUCUGCAGUCGGGCCAUGUUGUAGGAAAAUUAACCAUAAACAGGUUAAUAUUCAUGUUAAAUAGAUUUGGGUUAUGGAAUAUGUAUAUAUUAUUAUUAUUUGAACUGUACCUUGACUAAUGGUACUUUUUUAAACUCUUGCCACAGAUUUUUCACAUUUGAGACCUUAAGACUGCUUUAUUAUCCUUGAAUGCUAUUAAUUUCAGGCAAAACUGUAGCAAAUGUUAACUUUAUCUAACAAUAAAAAUAAAUUACCACAUCUUGA